ACAAACAGAUUUUAGAUAGAAAUGAAUAUGGGUGUCUUACAAUAUUAUUUCUCAAUGAAGGCUUUGCUUUGGGUUUUAGUGGUUUUUGUUCAAACUCGUGAGUACAUGGGUUGCUUGGAGGAAGAUAGAGUUGGUCUGCUUCACUUGAAGUCAUUUCUUAAUAUAUCCAUUCCGUCUCUCACAGCUUAUAAUUCAGACUAUGAUCUUCUUCCUUCAUGGGUCGACCAUGAGAAGAGUGAUUGUUGUGGUUGGGAGCGGGUCACGUGCAACUCCACCACAGGUCAUGUGAUAGAACUGUCCCUUCACAAUUUAAUGCAUGAUCCUUAUUACAAUCUUCAUUUGUAUAAACAAAGGGUGAAAGAUUAUGAGGAACUUCCAUGGUUGUUAAAUGUGUCUCUAUUAGAGCCUUUCAAGGAGUUAAGAAGUCUUGAUCUAUCCUCUAACGCAAUCGAUGGUUGCAUACGAGAUGAAGGAUUUGAAAAGCUUUCAACCCUAAGGAAUCUGGAAAAUUUAAACCUUGGUUACAACUUGUUUGAUGACAAUAGCAUUCUACAAUCUCUGGGUGCUAUCACUUCGCUCAAGACUUUAAAUCUUACUUGGAAUAUGUUGGAGGGAUACUUUCCAGCACAAGAAUUAGUUACGUUGAGAAAUUUGAACACGCUGGAUAUAAGCUUCAAUUCGUACAAUGGUACCCUCCCAAAUCAAGGUUUUGAAAGGCUAGCGGUACUGAGAAACUUGGAGACAUUGAUCCUUGAUGGGAAUAACUUUGGCUACAGCAUCAUACCAUCUCUAAGUAACCUUAAAUCCCUUAUGACAUUAAGUCUUUCAAGGAAUAAGUUUUGGGCAGAUCAUGAACGAGUAAAUGCUGAAGGUACUUUCGAAAGGCUUGCCGUAUUGAGAAAUCUGAAAACAUUGAAUCUUGUUGAGAAUAACGUUGAUGACAGCAUCAUAUUAUCUCUAAGUAGGCUUACAUCCCUUACGACAUUGAAUCUUGCGGAUAAUGAUUUGCAAGGAGUAAAUUAUGGUUGGAAAAUGUUGUCAAGAUUGGAGAAUUUGGAGAUAUUAGAUCUUUCUCACAAUUACCUCGACGAAACUAGUUUUCUUCAAUCAAUUGCUGCAAUCAAAUCUCUUAAGACUCUCAAUCUUAAAGACAAUGAGUUGACGGGAUCCUUUCCAACUAAAGAGCUAGCAAAUUUAAGCAAUUUGGAGGUUCUUAUCUUGGCAGGAAAUCAUUUUGGUGGACGGCUAGCAACCCAAGAAUUUUGUGCAUUGAAGAAGCUUGAAGUAUUAGAUCUAUCUUACAAUUACUUUGCGGGGAUCCUACCUCCAUGCAUAAACAAUAUGACAUCUCUUGUGGUGUUAGAUAUUUCUGAUAACCAAUUCAAUGGAAAUGCUUCAUCAUCAUAUGUAGAAGCCAGCAGAACAAGUCUCGAGUACAUUGCUUUCAAUUAUAACCAGUUUGUGGGCAUAUUCUCAUUCAAAUUAUUUGCCAAUUACUCUAAGCUUAAGGUUCUUGGAUUCAACGGCCAAAACAAUAAAGUUGAAAUAGAAACUGAAGGUUCCAUGGGUUGGGACCCUUUGUUUCAGCUGAAGAUCAUUGAGUUGUCCAGUUGUAGUCUGAACAAGCUCACCGGCAGUAUUCCGAAAUUUCUUCUUGUCCAGUAUGAACUGGAUAUAGUUAAUCUUUCUCAUAGUAAGUUGAAAGGAAGCUUUCCGAAUUGGUUGGUUGAAAACAAUACAAGAUUACGCGUGCUAGAUCUUCGUAAUAACUUUUUUGUUGGCCAGUUAUAUUUACCAACAUUGAUCCACACGCAUAUGACCUGGAUGGAUGUCUCGACCAAUCACUUGGAUGGAAAACUUCCAGAGAACAUUGGCAAGAUUUUUCCAAAUUUAUUAUAUCUAAAUCUUUCCAAUAAUAAUCUUGAAGGUAAUCUUCCUUCCUCAAUUGGUGGCAUGCUUUAUUUGGAGGUAUUAGAUUUUUCUUCAAAUAAUUUCUUAGGCGGGGUCCCAAGAGGAUUAAAUACAGGUUGCUUCUCAUUGAGUAUUUUGAACCUUGCUCAUAACAACUUCAGCGAUGCAAUUUUCGUUGGGACAAACCAGAAAGUUCUGCAAAUGAAUGAUAAUCAAUUCACAAGUAUCACACCAGUACUUAAUUCAACUGUUUAUCUAUCAUAUUUAGAUAUCAGCAACAACAGAAUUUCAGAUACUAUCCCCCGAUGGCUUGGGAACACGUCAUACUUGAGAACUCUUGUUAUGGCUAACAAUGGUUUUUAUGGUCGUAUCCCAUGUGAACUAAGUGUGACAGGUACUUUAGACCUUUCUCAUAACUUAUUUACUGGAUCGUUACCAAUUUGCUUGAAUUUACCAAAGCUUGAACACCUAUAUUUGCAAGGGAACAAAUUCACAGGAUCAAUACCGAAAGUUAUUUUCAAUUCCUCAUCUCUUUUGACAUUGGAUAUUGGAGAUAACAAGUUUACGGGCAGCAUCUCUGUUGAAAUCAAACAACUUCAAGCCUUAAAAGUACUUUUGUUGAGUGGCAAUCGUUUCACUGGUAUAAUUCCGAAUCAGUUGUGUUUGUUAAGAAUGAUAAGAAUAAUGGAUCUUUCCAAGAAUGGUUUUUCUGGGACCAUACCACAAUGCCUCCAUGACAUAUAUUUUGGGAAGACACUGGCACCUAGUUUUGACUAUUUUAGUGGAAAAGUUGAUUCUAUCAAUCUGUUUAUGGGAUCAACUUACACAUAUAAAGGUUUCUCUAACAGGGAUGUUGACACUUACCCAUAUCUUGAAUAUGUUGAUGUAGAAGUAGAGAUUGAGUUUGUAACCAAAUAUAGGCAUAGUUCUUAUAAGGGUUCUAUCCUUGGUUACAUGUCUGGACUGGAUUUCUCAUGCAACAACCUAACAGGUGGCAUCCCACCUGCGUUAGGCCAAAUAUCUUCAUUGCAUGCACUAAACUUAUCUUAUAAUCAGUUGACUGGUAAAAUUCCAAUAACAUUGUCGGAAUUGGAUCUCUUGGAAAGUUUAGACCUCUCUCAUAAUAGUUUGAGUGGAGAGAUUCCUUCAUUAUUGAUUGAUCUAACCUUUCUUGAGGUUUUCAAUGUAGCCAACAACAACCUAUCAGGUAAAGUUCCAGAUAUGAAAGGACAAUUUGCAACAUUUGAGAAAAGCAGCUAUGAAGGAAACCUACUUCUUUGUGGACCACCACUAGAUAAAAGUUGCGCCAAAGUAAAUGAGUCAUAUACAAUACCAACACAGUCUUCAAAUGCAAGUGACGAAAAAUGGUAUGAAGUAGAUCCUAUGGCCUUCCAUACAAGCUUCUUGGUAACUUACAUCAUUUACUUUUUUGGUGUUAUUAGUCUUCUUUAUAUUAAUCCUUAUUGGCUACAAAGAUGCACCAACUUGACUGAAGAUCUUAUAUACAACUGUUAUUAUUAUUUUUUUUUUUUGAAACCUUAG